UACAUUGUGGUUACUAAAAACCAAUAGUGCAAUAAUCGAGACUCUCCCCCAUGGGAACCAGAGAGAAAUAAACCAACUACGUAUGCUUAGCUCAGACCUUCUGUCUUGAUAUAAAAUUUUAGUUCAGUAAUUUCAGGCAAAAUUUCUCUGAGUUUCAAGGCUUCCAUGCCCGCAUAAGCGCCUCCCCUCAUUUAUACCAUCUUGAUUUUCUCUCCCUUGUCUCUCUUCUCCACGUACCUGCAUCUUUCCUGAGACCCACACAUAUUAAUGUCCCUUUUCAGAUCUUUCUUUCUCAAUAGUAACAAGCUGGCUUUCUCUCUUAGCUUUCCUUGGUUUGAGUUUUCGUUGGGUUUCGAGUUCAUAAAUUAAGGUCGGUUCAUUCUUGUUCUUAUACGAUAACUGAUUUGCAUGUUUCUGUGCAUUGUAUUCAAGAUCUAAACGAGCCAGUCGGUUUGCCAUUUCUGCUUAGCAAAUCCAUUUCAUGGAUCUUGUAAGAAAAGGCUACGGUUCUCAGUCUCUUCCACCAAUGACAGGUCCAGUUGGUGGCUCAUCAAUAUUUGGACCUCGUACUCAAUCUUCAGAUACAAGUUUCCCAAUUAUUGCCAUUGCCAUAAUAGGAAUUUUGGCAACAGCUUUAUUGCUAGUUAGCUACUACAUCUUUGUCAUUAAAUGCUGUCUGAAUUGGCACCGCAUCGAUCUUCUAAGGCGAUUCUCCCUAUCAAGAAAUAGAAAUCACGAAGACCCUUUGAUGGCCUACUCUCCUUCUGCUAUAGAGUCUCGUGGACUUGACGAGUCAGUGAUAAGGUCAAUCCCAGUUUUCAAGUUCAAGAAAGAAGGCAACAACGUUAGAAACUUUGGAGAAAGAAGCUUCGGUGAAUGUGCAGUUUGCUUGAACGAGUUUCAAGAAGCUGAGAAACUAAGAAGGAUACCAAAUUGUAGCCAUGUUUUUCAUAUUGACUGCAUUGAUGUUUGGCUUCAAAGCAAUGCUAAUUGCCCACUCUGUAGAACAAGCAUUUCGAGCACCACAAGAUUCCCAAUUGAUCAUAAUAUUGCUCCAAGCUCUACACCCCAUGAUGCAAAUCCUUACAGUGAAAGAGUCAUGGGUGGAGAUGAAGAUUAUGUUGUCAUUGAGUUGAGUAAUCACAACUCUACAGAUCAAACAUUGCUUGCAGCACAGGAAAGAUUGAAUUCAGGAGAGUUAUCAGCGCGCUCAAUUAGUCCUUCGCCCAGGAAGAUAGAGCAGGGAGAUGGCCACAAGAAAGCAAGGAAUCUUAGCAAGGUUACCAGCAUGGGAGAUGAAUGUAUUGAUACAAGAGGCAAAGAUGAUCAAUUCGGAUUGAUUCAACCCAUCAGGAGGUCCUUUUCAAUGGACUCGUCCGCAGAUCGGCAGCUCUAUUUGUCAAUUCAAGAGAUAGUGCAGCAGAGCAGGCAAUUUACUGAGGUCAGCUCUGUUGAAGGUUGUAGUGGUAGAGCCAGAAGAGCUUUCUUUUCUUUUGGUCAUGGUAGAGGAUCCAGAAGCUCAGUCUUACCUGUUUAUUUGGAGCCGUAAAGCCAAAAUAUUUUCCAUUGAUUAUUUUCCUUGUAUUUUGUUUUUCAUUAUAAGGUUAUAGGGAUUUUAAUUAGAUUUAGACAUGUUAAAGGGCAUAGGAUUUGUGACAUAAAAGUAUUUAAUUGAAAUAUCGAUUUUUCAUUUUAUUC